CGCGCCAAACACGGCAGCAGGCAGCAAACGUAGAGUGAAAGUGCUUGAAACUAUAAAAACAUUUAUUAAACUAUCUUGGAGGUAAAGUCACAGUCGACAAGACACAUGGCUUCUACAAGUAAAGCGUCACAGAACAGAAAUCUACCGUGGGUUGAAAAAUACAGACCACAGACACUUGAUGAUCUGAUCUCACACAAAGAUAUUCUAAGCACCAUCCAAAGGUUUAUCAGCGAGGACAAGCUUCCCCAUCUCUUGUUCUAUGGUCCACCUGGAACAGGCAAAACCUCCACCAUCCUUGCCUGUGCCAGGCAGCUUUACAAGGACAAAGAGUUCAACUCCAUGGUGUUGGAGCUAAAUGCAUCAGAUGACAGAGGUAUUGAUGUUGUGCGAGGUCCCAUUCUGAGUUUCGCCAGCACCCGGACGAUCUUCAAGAAGGGCUUCAAGUUGGUGAUACUGGACGAGGCUGAUGCCAUGACCCAGGAUGCCCAGAAUGCAUUGCGGCGAGUGAUUGAGAAAUUCACAGAAAACACUCGAUUUUGUCUGAUCUGCAAUUACCUGUCGAAGAUCAUCCCGGCCCUGCAGUCUCGCUGCACCAGGUUUCGCUUCGGCCCGCUGUCACCGGACCAGAUGAUCCCCCGGCUGGAGCAUGUGAUCCAGCAGGAGAACAUUGACAUAACUCCAGAUGGGAUGAAGGCCAUUGUGACCUUAUCGUCAGGUGAUAUGAGAAGAUCACUCAACAUACUGCAGAGCACCAGUAUGGCCUAUGGGAACGUCACAGAGGACACAGUUUACACCUGCACGGGUCACCCCCUCCGCUCAGACAUAGCCAACAUCCUCGACUGGUCUCUCAACAAAGACUUCACCACAGCUUACAAGCAGAUCCUUCAGCUGAAGACUUUGAAAGGUUUGGCCCUGCAUGACAUCCUCACUGAGGUUCAUUUGCUCAUACACAGAGUGGACUUUCCUCCAGGUAUUCGUAUUAAUCUGCUCAUCAAGUUGGCCGACAUUGAACACCGGCUCGCCUCAGGAACCGAUGAGAAGAUCCAGCUGAGCUCCAUGGUUGCAGCUUUCCAGGCGGUGAGAGACCUCGUGGUCAGUGAGGCCUCUUAGAUACAGUAACAGCUUUACCCCACAGCAGAAUUCGGUCUCUUGAAUGCUAACCAGAACCGCGUGAUGAGGGAAAAAAAAAAAUUCAACCAUCCAUCAAAACAGCUAAAACCUUUUAAAAUCCUGCUGGAUCCAGUGUCCUUUCUGGAAGGGUGAAUAGUGUUCGCUCAUUUAUUUCUGUCCUGUGGCUGUGGUGUGCAGUGACGCCAUGAGGAGCUGAGAACGGGCAGAUUUUCUUUCCAAACCAACGGGUGAUUUCACUGAUAAGCGAAAUCUGUGUAAUCACCAGUUUGUUUGUUUUUUCGAAGAAAACAGACGUCCUUAGGUGUCCACUGCAGGACUGCCCACCACCGCUCCACAGACCGAAUGCACAGUGCGGCAGCUGUCUCAAACGCAGGUGCCAGCAGCUAUCUGAGUCACUCCCAUCUGCAUGCAAACCGAACAACACGGACCGCAGUUGAUUUGUAGCGUUAGCACCAAAAAUGAUCCAUCCUUUGGGCACUUAGUUAAGAUAUCGACUUGAAAAAUGGAAAAUCUGAUUAUCAGUGUAGGAUCAGUUCACAGUCACUGAUAAAUAAUUUCUCUCUUUCAUGUAAGAAUAAUUAUUCUUGGACAUGUAAAUGUUUGAAUCUGUUUAAUAAAACUAUUUCCUAUGA